AUGUUCUUUUUCCGGGGAGUGGGUCAUUCGUUCAUGACAGUUUUUGACAAUAACCACGCCCGUUUGGAUGGUCCACCGGUCGUUCACAGUGUUCGUCCCGGUCCCCCUAGCGCAGAAAUCAACGCAUUAAAGCAUGAGUUGCGAAAGUCAAAGGCGGAGGCAGAGGUGCAGAAGCAGGCGGAAGAGAGACUGAAGGAUCAUGGCAACAAGCUCCAAGAAAAGGUGAAAAUAUUACAGGACAAGAUCGAAACCAUGGGUAUCGAAGACCGUCAUGUACAUUCUGCAUUUCGUCGUCUGGAAGAUAACGACCUCCGUCAGAAAGAUUCCCUCAACAGAAUACGAGAAGAGUUGCAGCGUACAGCACAGCUCUCAUCAGGAUACAAGCAUGAGCUAGCGAUCUUGCAGAAGAAGCACGAAGACGUCCUCGCAUUGCUUCACAUCCGGACUUCCGAGCUCCACGAGGCGCAGCAAUUCCUGUCCAAACCCGACGACACCUCCGAUGCUGAAGUCAUGCGAACCGUUGAAAAACUCGAUGCGGAGAUAUAUCAAAUAGCGGCGCAAAUAGCAAAUACUGUGCAAUUCUCUCGCGACCAGAGGAUGCAGCCGCACUUGGUCGACCAGCUCGCUGAAGACGCUGGACUGGCGGAUAUUUUGGGACUAGCAUUGGUUCAAUUGCUCAAAUCGAAACAGCAUCACGAAGAUCCGAUCUGUGUUCAGAUAGCGCUGCAGGCAUGCAUGAGCCAAUACGCGGCUUGGAUGAUUCAGACAUGGGAUUUUAAACCUCGCGGGGAGCAGAGACUCAUCGAGAAGAUAUACGCAGGAAUCAUCCAAGAUGAGAGCCAGACAGUUUCGGCUAGAUGGCGGGUCCUGACUCGAUCAUAUCUCAGGACACUUGUUGACGAGGGUACCAUGACGCAUUGGCUGCAGUGUUUCCUGAUCGGCCACAUCAGCGACGUUUUACGGGUCUCGGGUCUGACCGACGACCCACGCGAAUUGUGCCAAGCCGUCGAACGACUGUUCGGGAAGCAGAUGCGAUCCAUUGUCAAACUGAGUCUGGAUAUUCGAGAAGCCGCUGGAGAGAGGAUCAUGUCUGGGAACGUAGAAGCGAUCGUCAUCAAAGCUGGGACGCCUUUCGAUCAGCAGCAGAUGGAGGACGCAUUUGCCGAAGAAAGGGAUGUCAAAGAUAAGGAAUCAGUGAUCAGAGAUCUCGUUAAGGCGAAGUUCAACAAACGUGCUUGUCUCUUUCAGAUCAAAGUAGCCCAGGCUCUCAUGGAAAGGCAAAAUGAUGUUGUCGCCAUAGCAGCAACAGGUUUUGGCAAGACACUAUCAUUUUGGAUUCCGCUUCUUAUGGCGUUGGAGGAUGGUGAAGAUAAAUUGAUCAUUAUCGUGACUCCUUUGAAUAUUCUGGGAAAGCAAAAUGUUAACUUGCUGCAGCGAGCGAACAUUCAGGCCAUGGCAAUAGAUGCCCGCAAUGCAACCAAUGAGGUGUUUGAGGACGUACAAGCCGGGAAGUAUCAGGUUGUUGUUUUGAACCCGGAGAUCAUCAUGGAGGAUGACGGUCACUGUGAGAAGCUAUGGAAGAAGCCAAAAUUCACAUUAAAGAUCUUACAUGUCAUCUUCGAUGAGGGACACUGUGUCAAGGAAUGGAGUGCAUUCAGAGAGCAGUACAAGCAUGUCGGGGCUCUUCGGUAUCUGAUACCUGAGACAAUCCCAUUCUACGUUGCAUCCGCUACACUGCCAUCAACAGUCCUUUUAGAUGUUGGAAGGAUGCUGCAGCUCCGCGAAGGAUGCACUGAACAUAUUAUCCGCUCGAACGAUCGCCCUAACAUUGCAAUUUCAGUUCGCAAGAUGCAGCUUUCAGCUCGUUCAUUUGAAGAUCUCAAUUUCUUGAUACCAGAGGACUUUAAGGAUGGCGACCCUCCUCCCUCUAAAUUUCUCAUCUUCUUCGACAAUAUCAAAGAAGCUGAGGCUGCUGUCAAGCAUCUGCGUUCUCGGCUACCCGAACCACUCAGGGAUAAGAUCAAGCAUUUCCGCUCGAUCAUGAUGCCGGAGUAUCGAGAUGACGAGUACGAUGCACUAAAGAACAGUGACAUAUUUGGAUUAUGUGUCACCGACUCAUUUGGAAUGGGCCUUGAUCUCCCUGACAUUCUGCUGAUCAUACAAUAG